AUGGUCUCUAUCGCCGUGCUGUUAUGGUCUCUCUCGGGAGUCUCUGCAAUUCAUUCUCUCUAUUUGAAAGAGGAGGAACCCAAUUUGUUGAUCCAUUCCAAUCUAGAGUCGCUCAUCAAGGUUUAUAAACAAGAACAGAAAGGUAUUUCAGCAUUAACAAAGAUUAUGGAUGAAUCUGUUGCGUCUACUUCCAUAAGAGUUCAUGUGAAAUUAUACAAUCAGAUCAUCAUGACAAGUAUGGUUUUGAAACAAUUAGCUCAGCUCAUGGAUAAGAAAGAUUAUCGUGAUGACUUUCAAUUUUGGUCUUCCGAUGAUGAACAUUGCAUAGAUAUGCAUAAAAUAUUUACCACUCGUUUGACACUUGCUCAAUUGAAUGUUUUAGGAAAUAACAAAUUUAUUCAGCAACAUGUGGAAUGGAUUAAGAAAGUUCCAGAACAUGAAAAGACAACUUUUUCGAAACUCACGUUGGAUGAUUUGAAAUUUGGAGAAUUGCAAAUUAAUUUUGGGAAAUUUCAAGACGUUUCUUUGUGGUUGAAUCAUGUGAAAAGUUGGUUUCAAACUCAGUACACCAAUACCUUGAUGAAACAUUUCACAACUAUUAAUUUACUCGAAACACUUCACCAAUUGCACAACACUCCUCUCGCAGAGGAUAUGAUAAACGAUUUUCUACCUUCACAUCAACUUGUUCGAGAGAAUAUGGAUCGAGUUCGACAAUGGCUCGAAGAAAAGAUUUCAUUCUAUUUUGAAUUAAAUUGGGAAGUUAAAGAGAAUGGAAGAGCUCAUAUUUCUCUCAAAAAUUUAGACACAGGUGUUUGGCAUUUACUACAGAGAGAUACAUCAAUGAAAGACCAUCCUUCAAUACGAACAUUGCAAAUGCGUGAAACCAUUGAGAAUGCUAUGAAAAUGAUUCCUUCAUUGUCCAUUCUGUGGAGUGAAAUUUCAGAACAUUUGGGAGAACAAUUAUUGAGCUAUUUAAAAUCUCUCGAUUCUGUCGACUCUAUUACUCGGGGUGUGGCCUAUAAAAUCGAUAAUUACGGAUCCAACCAAGUAAUUCAAUCAGGAGGAACCAACAAUACAUACUUGUGGAAUUAUGGAAUUACCGGAAAAGGAGAAUUAAUUGCACUGACAGACACUGGUGUCAAUGUAAAUCAUUGCUUCUUCUCAGCACAAGGAGAGACCUAUACUACCUUAAAUCUUAAUAAUCGAAAGAUUGUCUACAUUGAUACUCAGAAUGGUUAUGGAAAUACAAUUGAUGACAGUGGACAUGGUUCUCACUGUGCUGGAACCAUUGCUGGAAAUCCCUCUUCCUUUGUUUCUACAAGUGUGAAUAACCAAAUUGGAGUUGCCAAAGAUGCCAAGCUCUACAUUGUCGAUGCUCAAUCUUCAGCCUCUUCUGGUCUCACUAUUACUGACCUUCAAGUUUUGCUUCCAAAAUUACUUUCGAAUGGUGUGAGAGUGAGUUCAAACUCUUGGAGUUGUGCAAAUCCAUAUAAUUGUGAUUAUGAUUGUAAUUGUUAUACUCUUUUAUCCAAUGGAACACAAUCUCCAGUUAGCGACAGUUCCUGUAUUGCCUACAAUGGAAGAAGAUGUUGUCAUUACUGCAAUUUAUAUAAUUCACAAAGUUUUGCUAUUGACUCUGUGUUGAGUAAGAAUGAUGAGUUGACCUAUGUCAAUUCUGCUGGUAAUUAUGGACGUUAUUCGUAUGAUUCUACAGUGAACGAUCCUGCUACAGCAAAGAAUGCCAUUACUGUUGGAUCUUCUUAUUCCACGACCGAAUAUUACAAACUCACCAUUUCACAGAAUGUCAAUACGACUGUGUAUAAUAUGGAAAGUUUGAGUGCAUUUUCGUCCCGAGGUCCAACUGUGGAUGGAAGAAUUAAGCCAGACAUUGUUGCUCCAGGACAAGAAAUUUAUAGCGCUCAUUUCAACAUGAGUUGCAAUAUUCGAAGUUUGUCUGGAACUUCCAUGAGCACACCUGCAGUUGCAGGAGCUGCUGCCCUCAUUCGACAAUAUUUAACACAAAACAAUAAUGAGAAACUUGUAUUUUUUGAAUUAUAUAACAAGAAUCCAUCACAGACAUUGAGUGGAUCUCUUGUGAAGGCAAUGCUCAUUCACUCGGCAGAAAAGAUGAAUGGAAUUGUCUCAUUGUCGUCCUUUCUCGAUCCACAAGGUCUUUCACAAUUUCAAGUUCCAAAUAAUUUUUAUGGUUAUGGAAGAGUGAAUUUGAAACGAGUAUUGAAAAUUGAACAAGAUCCAUCCUCAGUUGCCUUAAUAGGAAAUAUAGGAGUUGUGAAUCGAAUGAGUUUGGAACCAAAUACCAACACUUCCUUCAAUGUAGUGACAACCUCACCAUCCUCAACCAUUAAGGUCACUCUGGUUUGGUAUGAUUUACCAGGAUCUGUCACUUCCAAAGCUUCUUCGACCAAACGAAUCAUCAAUGAUAUUGAUUUAAAGGUCACUAUUGGAAGCUCCAUCUAUUAUGGAAAUAUGGCACUCACCAAUAAUGCCAAUUAUGAUUCUACCAACACGGUAGAAAGUGUCACCAUUGAUAAUAUUCCAUCUCAGACCAAUGUGACCAUUUCCAUUUUUGCAAAAUCGACAAAUAAGGGAGCUCAAACAUUUAGUUUGGUGGUGAGUGGUAAUUAUGCAGUGAAGAGUUCACCUAUUGCUCCUCAAGCUUUUGGAUCUACAGAAGGUAAUGGAAAAGUCAAUCAAGCACAUCAAACGGUGAAAAUGUCAGAAUUUGGCAUGUUCGUCUCCAUGCUUGUCUUGUUAUUGAUUUGGAUGUGCGUUUAA